CAAUAGUUCAAGUUUGGUCACUCUCCGUUAGUCUCUUUUAGUUUUUACUGAUGUGACAGUCAACUAUUAUAGUUGAUCGUUAAAUGAGUGACGUGGCCAAUAAAAAAACAAUAAAUAAUAAAAAAUAUUUACAAUUUCCACCUCAUUUUACCACUAUUAAAAAAUAAAAAUAAAACUUACCUCUGUUUCCCUCUGCUCGCUCCCUGGUUUCUCACUAUCUGAACGCGAAUGGAGGAAUCUCCACCGACGAUCGCCGCCGAUUUCCUCCCGCUUCUCCUCUCUCCUCUGAAGCCCAGCAUUGAGGUGGCUGAUUGGGAGCACCGUCGCCGGAGCUCUGAGAUUUCGGACCUCAAUCUCGAUGAUUUCGUCCGCCGGGAACCGACCUCCGAUUCCAACCGCCCUGUAACCUCCUUGGAGGAAGAAUCGGAUGCUGGGAAUCAAGCUCCGAAGUCAGAACAAAUCUCGCUGCUAGACCGGCUUGCUCUGACCGCACCCGUGCCCUGCUACUUCUUCAGGUACGGGCUCUGCACCAAAGGCGACGCUUGCUCCUUCUCCCACACCGCCGCCACUGAUCAUGUCAAACCACCUCCACCGCCGCCGCAACCUCGCCAGCCUAGCAACAACAGCAGCAGAAGUGCUACGCUAGAGAUAUCUGCCAAUGCGCAUUCUAGCGAUGAUCACCAGCCGUGAGGGGUAAAGAUGUGACCAUUGUGGAGGAGAGGAGCUCGUUGAGGAUAUUGAAGGAGAGAUUGUUGGAUCGUCCAUUGUCGUCAGGAGGGAAAGGGUUUUUCGAUCUUCGAGAGCAAUUGAGGAAGCGGAAGGCUGGAGAUGGCAGCGGCUGCGGCUGUGUUGUUGUUGAAGCGAGUGAUUUCAAAGGGCCGAAGAGCCUUGCUCAGAUCAGAGAAGAGAAGAGAAGAGAAGAGAAGAAGGUCAGAGGAGCAAAAUGGUAAAGGCAAAAUGAGGAUGAAGUGAGUUGUGUGCAGUGGUGGACCCAGGAUUAUUGAAGAGGGGUGUCGCCAAUAAAAAAUUAUAAUAAAUAAAAUAAUUAAAUAAAAUUUAAUAGAAAUU